UAAAAGUAACUGUUAUAGUAAUAAAAUCGAUCAUUACACUAUUACAUUAUUAUGUAUUUAUAUAAAAGAUGUAAUUUUUGUGUUUAUUCGUCGUCAGCCAUGUUUCAUCACGUCACUGUAUUUUGGAUUCACAGCGUGCACUACAGAAUCUACCUUGCAUUUGAUCUUAAAAGCCCAUAAACCUUGGACAUUUUGCCGUGAUCCGUGAAGUAAACAACACGUCGUUAUGUGGUGGAAUAGGUUUUAAUGCAGGUCGUUCGUUGAAAGCACAUACAUACAGGUGUCCAGUUAGUUCUUUCCAAGGGAGAGAAUAGGUUGAAUUUCAAACAUGGGGAGGAAAAAACAAGGUAAAAGUGAGCGACCGGUUCACAAAGGCAAAGACACGCGACACCGGAUGAAGGGGAAAUCUUUAGAAACGUUUACAGAGGAGAUGCACGAUGUUCUGCGAGCCAGUGAGGAUGCAGAAUCAGAAGCUGUAGGAAGUGUGAAGUUGCCCUGUCCAUUAGCUAUGUGGGACCUGGGUCACUGUGACCCUAAACGCUGUACAGGGCGGAAGCUGGUCAGGAAGGGUUUAGUGCGCUGUCUACGACUCAACCAGAGAUUCAGUGGCCUAAUACUGAGCCCUAUGGGCACCAAAUACGUGACACCUGCAGACAGGGAGAUUGUGGCUCAGGGUGGACUAGCCGUCAUUGACUGUUCCUGGGCACGACUUGAAGACACACCCUUCAGCAAAAUGAUUGGCUCGCAUCCAAGGCUUUUACCUUUCUUGGUCGCAGCAAAUCCUGUCAACUAUGGCAAACCCUGCAAGCUGUCCUGUGUGGAGGCAUAUGCUGCAACAUUCUGCAUUGUGGGAUUUCGUGACCUUGCUGUGCUUCUGCUGAGGAAGUUUAAGUGGGGUUUGGGAUUUUUGGAGUUAAAUAAGACUCUUCUGGAACGUUAUGCUUCCAGCCAAUCAGAAGAGGAGCUGCUGGCUGUGGAGAAAGAGUUUCUCAGCUUCACCCCACAGGAAGAGGAUAUCGAUCCUUUUGAUGUGGACUCGGGCAGAGACUUUGUUAACCCCAACAGACCAGUGCAGACUGAGGAUGAUGACAGUGAAGAGACAUCAGAGGAAGAUGAUGAUGACGAGCAGGAUGACCAGAAGAGCCAAGAGGCAGAUGAUAAUGAUGAUAAAAGUGAUUAGGAGUCUUGAAUUUAUAAUAUUACAAUGAAUGAUUCAAGAAAGUGUGAUUAGUAAUCUGAUUCACGCUGACACUGACCUCCGGCUGACAAAGACAAACUUCUGUUUUAUGAUUUUUUAUGAUGUUUGCAUACUUAUAAAGAUGGAAGAUAUAUGGAACCAGUAAGUAAAAGCAAUAGGAAUCUGAGA